CAGCCAAUUACGCUGCCCACAAGAACGCGGCAGCGACAUCCGUCUUUGCACAACAAAACACUUCACACCUCUUCAAUCAUACUACCAAACCUCUCACUCUCCCAUUUCCAACCCGCAAACUUCACAAUCCCCCGCCUCAAACCUCAAACCCUCAAAAUGUCACCCCGCGCCCUCUACACAGCAACCCGCUCCCUGCGCACCCCCAUCCCCAGCUCGCGUAUAAGUUUCACCAUGCGCCGCACCUUCCUCAGCACACCCACCCUGCGCAUCAAAGAAGACGCAACGCGCACCCCCGAACAAGUCGAAAGCGCAAAGCAAGAACAGCUCAAGGAGCAAGAGAAGGGCGAGGGCAGAUGGCGCGAAGACCUUGCUAGUCAUGGCGAGAGCAACAUUGCUGCGGAUAAACAGCAGGUGCACGAUCAUGAUCAGCAUAUGAAGGAACUUCAGCAGGAGGGUAAGAAGAAGGGUGAGAAGGGGGAAAUGUAAGGACGUCUUGAAGAAGUAUGAUCUGAAAAGCACAAGAGCGAUAGAAGUUUGUGGUGAUAUGUAUCAAUUGAAACAAGCGCAUACCAAACAAACAAGCUGAACCCAAAGAGAAGAGAAGCAGCAGCAUGUUGAAGCCACCUACAUCCCCCUCCCAUCCC